AUGGCCAGCCUGCAGACCCCACUCCUGGCUGCCCUCAUCCUCCUUGCUAUGAUACUUCAAGCAACAGAGGCAGGCCCCUACGGUGCCAACGUGGAGGACAGCAUCUGCUGCCGGGACUACAUCCGUCACCCCCUGCCCCUGCGUUUGGUGAAAUAUUACUACUGGACUUCGGACUCCUGCCGGAGGCCUGGCGUGGUCUUGCUAACCGUGAGGGACCGAGAGAUCUGUGCUGAUCCCAGACUGCCCUGGGUGAAGAAAGCUCUCCAGAGGCUGGACCAAUGAGGCAGGCCCUGCCCUGAAGACCGUGGCCUUGGCUCCUCCAGGAAGGCUCAUGGAGCCCCACCUCCCUGCUGUUACAGCUGCUCCCCGACACA